AGGUGCUAUGCGUCAUCCGCCAUAACGUUGUUAGUGCGUGAAAGUGAGAUCGUUUUGUGAAAUUGUUAAAUAAAAAAGUGAUUUUAUUGUGAUAUUUUUGUUGUAAAAGUGUUUAAUGUGUUAACAAAGAUGACUGAGUGGUAUAGAAUGAAGACGGGCUUUAUUAACAAGCACGAUUCAUCAGAAUUGUCGACAGAAACUUCAUGUGAAAUGUCAGACUCUUUCAAUAUAUUUUCGGAUAAUUUGAGUCCGAUUCCUUCGUCAAUAGUGCCUAGGAAGUUGGAUUUUAGCAGCAUGGAUGACGAUGACGGCAUGAGGGAUGCUGUACCUCCUCCGGUUACACACAGUCCUCCGUAUAAACGAGUUAGGGCUUUAAGGUUAUUCGACAGUCCGCACACGCCGAAGACCCUGCUGGAGAAAUGCUCCACUCCAUCACACCAUCCGCCGCGCUCCAGGCUAUUCCCGCCCAAAUUAAACGCGCAGUCGGGCAUGCCGUCGGGCUCCAGUCACCACCUGCACCCACCGUCAGGAGACGAUGACAGCGCGCUCGGCAGUCUACCACCAGACGAGCUGGACGAGUCCAGGGUCAACAGACGAGCAGUCGCCAACAUCAAUCCUUUCACACCUGAUGGCCAAGCCCUAAAUAAGAAGAAGCGGGCGUUGUCAAAAACACCGACCUGGGGCGACGCUACUCCCGAACAGCCGGCCAAGAGGCUCAGGGAAUCGAACAUAUCCCGUUACAACGUGGAGUUCCUAGAGCUAGGCGUGAUAGGUCGCGGGCAGUUCGGUCGCGUGACCAAGUGCGUGAACAAGUUGGACGGGUGCGUGUACGCGCUGAAGCGGUCGCUGCGGCCCGUCGCCGGCUCCGCGGCCGAGCGCGCCGCCCUCACCGAGGUUUACGCGCACGCCGCGCUCGGGAAACAUCCGCAUGUCGUCAGAUAUUACUCAGCGUGGGCGGAGGACGACCACAUGAUAAUCCAGAACGAGUACUGCGACGGUGGCUCGCUGCAGCAGAAGAUGGAGUCCGGACCGCUGGCUGAGGCUGAACUGCUUCUCCUACUGGCUCACAUCGCUGAUGGGUUGGCCUACAUCCACUCGCUGCAGCUGGUGCACAUGGACGUGAAGCCGGGCAACAUCUUCAUCUGCAGCGGGGAGGGCGAGCCCUCGCACGACUCCGACGACGGCUACGACGACGACGAGCCGCAGUCACAUCAUAAGUAUAAGAUUGGCGACCUGGGCCACGUGACGUGCGUGUCGUCUCCGUCGGUGGAGGAGGGCGACUGCCGCUACCUGCCCAAGGAGGUGCUACAGGAGGACCUCACGCAGCUCACUAAGGCAGACAUAUUCGCGUUCGGCCUGACGCUGUUCGAGGCGGGCGGCGGCGGUCCGCUGCCGAAGAACGGGCAGCAGUGGCACGACUACAGGGACGGCAAGCUGCCCGACCUGCCCAAACUGUCCCGGGAGUUUAAUCAGCUGUUGAGGAAAAUGGUGGACCCGGACCCGUCGUGCCGCCCCUCUGCGGCGCGUCUCCGGCGACACCCGCUGCUGCACCCGGCCGGCAACAAGACCAAGACGCAGCUGCGCCGCGAGCUCGCCGCCGCCAAGAUGAAGAACGAGCUGCUCGCCAGGAAGCUGCAGGAGGCUGCUAGAUGUAUAAAAUCAUUAACGCCAAACUUAGUGCAGAACCAAGAAUCGGCCAAGUUCCGCACUCGAUCGGCGAAGCGAUUGCAGAAGCCGCGAGUCGAUACGCACAUCGCCGAGAUGAUUCAAUCCGUGACGUCACCAAUCAGAAUAGACAGGACAUACAGAAGAACGAAAAAGGUAUAACAUUAUAUAUAAUUUUAAUUUUUAAAACUAGCAACACUCGUCUCUAUAAUAUGGCGACGAUUUCGUCCUCGUUUUUGACAAGUAAUUAAUGAGAUUUCGUUGAUUAAGUAAUGUUUGUAUAACUUUGAGAACGCUCGUAAAUUGUCAAGGGCCCCGUUGGAGGUCGAAAGUUGACGAGCGUGCUCGAAAAUUGUAUAUUUCGGUGAUUGAUUCGUAGUUAAGGGUCUUGGUCUUGGCUCGAAAGUUGUAGAGUUACUCUCGAAAUAUGCUGUAUUUCUAGUAGUAUAAAUAUUAUUUAUUUUAAUAAGUCUUGUUAGUUUUAUGAGAUGAUCGAAUUCGGUGCAGUCGUUUUUUUUUAAUUAAUUUAAGGGUAAUAGGGAUUUAUGUAUAAAAAGAUUAAAUUUAUAAUUGUCAUAAUAUUGUUUUAAUUAAAAAAAAAUGUACAAAAUAUGAUAACUUCUCUCUCAUUGCGUUUUCAAAAAAAUAUUAUGUAAAGCAAAAUAUAUAAGUGGUAGUCAGCUUUUAAUUUAGUAUAUAGAUAAGAAAAUAAAGAUUCAGAUCAACAGUAGCUAUUGUUAAUACUAAAAUAGGGAUGAUGACGGGGUAUGAAAAUUAAACAUCUAUUCAGUCCGUCAAUUAGGUAAUGAAAAAAUAUUAGACACGUAUUUUUUAUUUUGUCAUAUAAGAUAACAAUACUUAGAUAAAACGAAUCAAAGUUUAGGAGUGGGAGCUAAUACGUCAUUUCUACGUAUAAAAUGUACUUAGAAGUGACGUUAUGCGAUAUUUCAAAUCGAUAUAUCUUCGAAAGUAUUUUUCUUAAAUACGUGUGUAAUGUUUUAAAAUAAUCUACAAGACGGACAUUGAAAUAAAAAUUAGUCAUCUACCGUAUUGUACGCUUUGUAACGAAGCCAUAUCUUUUGUAACUCAGUCGGCGCUAGACAACCAAUGGUUGCUGUCUUUAUACUGAAUCUAUCUUUAUUUUCUUAUCUAUAUACUGAAUUACAAUGCUGACAAUGUAUGAUACAUGUCCAGUGCUUUUUGACAGUAAAAUUUGACAGUAAUGCGCCAGUGUUUUGCCAAACAAAAAAAAAACUAAUUUUGACAGAAAAAAAUCCAAAAUAUCUUAGCUUGGUCUUUGCGUAACCAUCAGUUUAAAAAAAUGCCUUCAUUAUAUCCAUGAUAGAGUAUCUGACGAAGUUUUUUAAAAAAAAUACUUUUUUCAAAUUUUUUUUCGCAAAAUUUUUCAAUUUUGACUUCUCAGUCGGCUACUGCUGACCGACGCGGUCUCGUAUUCAGGGGUCUACUCUAAUUCAACGAAAAACUAAGUUUCGUCCGAAACUUCGCAGAUUUCAUACUACAAUUCCAUUUAUUGCAAACUUUCGUGAACAAAAAUGAACGAAUUGAAUGAAGAUAAAUAAAUAGGUUUUGAUAUGAAAUUAAAAAUAAAACAUUAUUUCAAGUAAUUCUAUUAGUAAAUCAAUAAAACCUACGGCCGAAGAUUAAACGAAACUUCGGAUUCGAGAACCGGAGUAGGCCCACAGUUUCCCGAGUCAUUCACUUUUAUAUGUUUUUUAAAGUAAAAGACACUGGUAUGAAAUUUUGUCAGUUUAGUAUACGGUAACUAUGAAACAGUGUUCUAUCUACCAGAUAAGCUUAUCAGUAACUUUAGUUAUUAGUUUGCUUUACGUUUGAAGUAAUCGAAACUACGCGCUCGAAUCAAAGUCAAAGUCAAAGUCAAAUCAUUUAUUCCAAUUAAACCAUAUACUUAGGUACUUUUGAAACGUCAACAAAGAAAGAAAUAAACAAUAGUCUGUCAGUCUGUCCGUCAGUGAAGCUAGGUGCUCGUUCCAAAGUGUAGCUUCGAAUGGAGAAGAACGAGCAAGAAACUCCAUUCGUUACUCUUUUAAAAAUAUGGCAACGCACCUGUGAUUCCUCUGGUGUUGCGGGUGUCCAUGGGCGGCGCUGAUCGCUUACCAUCAGGUGACUCGUCUGCUCGUUUGCCACCUAAUCCAUAAAAAACAAAAUAUAUAAUUAUGUUUACAAUUUCUCUGAAUAAACCAACCAAUCAGAGCGCCGAACGCGUUCUCGUUUCGAUUACUUUAAACGUAAAAUAAACUCAUACUAAGGGUAUAGACGCUUAUCAAGCAACCGAGAAAGUCUUAGUAAUUAGUAUUUAGUGUAUUAGGUCUUAAUUUUAGUGCCUUUUAACAACAAAUGUGAUUUUUAAAAAUGUGCUUUUUUUAAUCGAAUUUAAAAAAUAGUAACUUGUAUAGGUAAUGAAAAUAAUAAUUAAAAUAAAGGGUUUUUGAAGACGACAGUGUACCAAUAUGCUAAAUAUGUCGAAAUACUAUUAUUACAUAUUUUUUUUGGAAUUGUGUCCAGUAUAUGGCAAUAGACUCACCCCCUAUUACAUGGGACUUAUAACAUAACUACUGAAAAGUGGGUGUUACAUUGUCCAUACCCAAAUUCUCCUCUAAUAAUAUCUUCUGAUUUAUUUCGUUGCGGGAUCCAAGACAGUCAUUCAUGUCCCUGGGACGUUGGACUUCAGUGUUCCGGUGUUUUCAUGGUUGUAUCUACUGUAGAUCCUAGCUUAUAGUACAGUGGUUUGUCCCACAAAAAUAAAAUGUACACCUCUGCCUACCCCUUUUUGUAGAUUUUGACAUAUUUAGUAUAGUUUAAACAAACCUGUUGUCUUUAAAUGUGAAUUGAAAUCUUCCAUUGCAUACUAUGUGAUAUCAAUUUUUUGGAAAAAAAGAGAAGUAAUGUAUUUUUAGGUUUUAAGGAAUUGUUUUGAGACGUGCUGUCUGUAUUUUUAACCGACUUCCUAAAAGUAGGAGGUUGUGUAGUUGAUUUUCUUUCAAUAAUUAGCUCAAGAAGUAUGUAAGGAUUGUAGUAGGUGGCGCUCUGUAGUUUUUACCUAACAACCCGUGGCAGUCCACUGCUGGACUAUGAGCCUCCUCUACAUAAGAGGGGUUUGUCAUAAUCUCCACGCUUGGCCCGGGUUGAUAACUCCCAAAGUCCGGCAACGCACUUGUAACUCCUCUAGUGUUGCGGGUGUCCAUAGACGGUGCUGAUUGCUUAUGCAAGUGAUCCGUCUGCUCAUAUCUGACUAAAAAUAAGAAUGGUACUAACAUGACCUAAAUCUACAGUGCUGCCAUCUACUGAUCGCAAAAAUUAGAUUGUUUUAAAGUCAAGUUUUCUGUAUACCCAAUUACCGAUGUCUCAUAAAGAAUAGAAUAAGGCAGCUUUUCUUUUUAAUAUGUAGUAAUUAAAACAAAUAUAUUAUAAAUGUAAUAUUUAUGAGAAAAUGAAUAAUAUGUAAUAUCGUAAUAUGUAUAGGUUUUGUAAAAAAAUAUUAUUAUAAUUAAGUUCAAAUUGUUUAACCGAUGUGGUUCUUUGAAAAAUUUUAACUCAUAUUGGGAUAAAAAGUAUCCUAUCACCCAAGUCAGCUCAUACCCUCUCUGUAUACCAAAUUUCAUCAAAAUCCGUUCACUAGUUUCAGCGUGAUUGACGGACAAACAUCCAAAGAAACAAACUUUCACAUUUAUAAUUAUUGCAAUUAAUCCUAAAUUAGGUACUUUUGAAACAUAUUUUGUUAAAUAUUUUCGAAGAAUCACUUACCGGUUUUGUGAUGUGUAAGUAGUUUGGGUUUGAAAGAGACAAAUAAUAAUAAUAAUUCCACCUCUUAAUAGGCCGGUAAACGCACUUGUAACGCCUCUAGUGUUGCGGGUGUCCAUAGGCGUGAAUUGCUUACCAUCAGGUGAUCCGUUUGCUCGUUUACCAUAAAAAUACUUUGUAUAGUCAUAGGCUUGUAAAAACUGGUGAAAAGUGGGUGUUACAUUGUAUAUGUGCAUCUCUGUCUACCCCCCUAUUAUUUGUCAAUAAAUCCAUUCUACGGACGCGUCAAUAGUUAAGGGCUUUGCCCAUUUUCAAUAUCUUACUGAUUGAAAUGUAAUUAAAGAUGAUAAAAUUUAAGAAUUAUUACUUUUAAGAUUCUGUUGUCGAAGAAAAUUUUUGUGUAUACGUAAAAUUGAGAGUUGUGAUAGCUUAUCAACUCCUUAAUUUCAUAUAAUAAUUGGAAAAUCUCUCUCUCAGCACUCCCCUACACUCCCCUAGCGCGCUACAUGUCACACAGCUUGCUACGCGCAGUAGUUACAGCUGUGUACAGUCUGUCACUCUCUCAGCACUCCCCUACACUCCCCUAGUGCGCUACAUGUCACACAGCUUGCUACGCGCAGUAGUUACAGCUGUGUACAGUCUGUCACUCUUUCAGCACUCCCCUACACUCCCCUAGCGCGCUACAUGUCACACAGCUUGCUACGCGCAGUAGUUACAGCUGUGUACAGUCUGUCACUCUCUCAGCACUCCC